AUGGGCGACUGGAGCUUUCUAGGGCGACUUCUAGAGAACGCACAGGAGCACUCCACGGUCAUCGGCAAGGUCUGGCUCACCGUGCUGUUCAUCUUCCGCAUCUUGGUGCUGGGGGCCGCUGCCGAGGAGGUCUGGGGUGACGAGCAGUCGGACUUCACCUGCAACACCCAGCAACCCGGCUGCGAGAACGUGUGCUACGACAGGGCCUUCCCCAUCUCGCACAUCCGCUUCUGGGCGCUGCAGAUCAUCUUCGUGUCCACACCCACCCUCAUCUACCUGGGCCAUGUGCUGCACAUCGUGCGCAUGGAAGAGAAGAAGAAAGAGAGGGAGGAAGAGCUGCUGAAGAGAGACAGCCUGCAGCAGGGCGCAGCCAGCGCGAAGGACAAGCCCCCGGUGCGCGAUGACCGCGGCAAGGUGCGCAUCGCCGGCGCCCUGCUGCGCACCUAUGUCUUCAACAUCAUCUUCAAGACGCUGUUCGAAGUAGGCUUCAUCGCCGGCCAGUACUUCCUGUACGGCUUUGAGCUCAAGCCACUCUACCGCUGCGACCGCUGGCCCUGCCCUAACACAGUGGACUGCUUCAUCUCCAGGCCCACGGAGAAGACCAUCUUCAUCAUCUUCAUGCUCGUGGUGGCCUGUGCGUCCCUCCUGCUCAACAUGCUAGAGAUCUACCACCUGGGCUGGAAGAAGCUUAAGCAGGGGAUGACCACCCACCUGGGCGCUGACCCUGCGGAGGCCGGGGUGGUGGCAGCGGAGCCCCUUGCGCUGCCCACGGGCUCCAGCCCAGCCGCGGUCACCAUCGGGUUCCCGCCCUACUACACGCAGGCCCCAUCGUCUCUGGGACAGGCCCGGCCUACAGGCUACCCUGGGGCCCCGCCACCUCCUGCUGUGGACUUCAAAGUGGUAGCUCUAUCUGAGGCGCCAGAGAAGGGCCACCCAGCCAAACUCUACAACGGCCACCACCACCUGCUGAUACCCGAGCAUAACUGGGUCAACCAGGCGGCUGAGCAGCCGGCCCCUGUGCGCGCAGCCUCUCCCCUGGCGCCCACGCCCACGCCAGUGCCCACUCCCGCGGCGCCCACGCCCGUGCCCACACCGGUGGCGCCCAGCCUGGCAGGCAGCAGUCCCCAGCCGCUCCCGCCGGAGGGCGAGGGCGACGGCGAAGCGGAAGGCAGCGGCAGCAGCCUAGAGGACAGCGCCUUGGCCGUGACACACGAGGAGGAGGAGGAGCAGGCGGUGACCACCGCUGCCGAGAUGCACGUGCCGCCCUCGGAACCUGCUGACCCCGCAGAUCCCGCAGACCCUGCAGACCCCGGGCGGUCCAGCAAGGCCAGCAGUGGGCGAGCCAGACCCGAUGACCUGGCCAUCUAG